CUAUACUAUUUAAAUGAGUCCCAAAAUGGCUAUUUGUGCACUUGACCCGAUUCAAGGCCCAGCCCACACUAACCUCUUAAAGCUCGAAUACUCCUCAGUUUUGCAACAAAAAAUCACUCUUAACUUUCCUAAUUAAACAUGACUCAAGAUGGAGAAAGAGUUGCUGUUGAAGGGGAUAGAGAAGAUAGAAUCAGUGAUUUACCAAGAAAUGUUAUAGAUCGUAUCCUUGAGCUCUUACCGGUUCAAGACGCAGCACGAACUAGUAUUUUGUCCAGAAAGUGGCGAUAUAUUUGGGCCAUGCUUCCAAGUUUAGUGCUGGAUGUCUACCUCUAUUUGGGGUUGAGAAGAAAGUCCCGGUCCAACUUCAAAGAAGCAGUAGACGAUAUUCUGUUAAUGCAUAUGGGGAACAUUGUGAAGUUUGUUCUUGACGCUUAUGUUCUUGACGAUAGUGAAGCAUGUUUCUCUUCAUAUGACAAAUCUGCAGUUAUAGAUAGAUGGGUGCUUUAUGUAACUAGAAAUGGUGUCAAGGAGCUAGCUCUAUGCAUGUCAGAUGAUAAUACCUACAGACUGCCUCCUUCUAUAUUUAAUUGUUUAACCUUGACACAAUUAAUGCUCUCCUACUGUGUCUUCAAACCGCCUAAUUCUUUGGUUGGCUUUCAGAAUCUUAUCACCCUUGCUCUGUCUAAGAUAACCUUUGUGCCAACCACAUCGUUUUGUGUUAUCAAGGCCCCCCGUCUUGCCAGUUUGACCUUGAUCGGGUGUCAUGGUACUCAAUACCUAAACAUUGUUUCACCAGGGCUGGAGUCCUUGGACAUUUAUGACAGUUUCUACUAUAUCUUGCUAAAUUGUUUCAUGAAUUGCAAGAAUUUGAGAGUGGUCAGAGUUGGAAUUGACGGAGUGGUUAGUUAUCCAGAACAUAAUGAAAAAUCAACUUUGGAGAAGCUUCUUGUCAGCGUGCCUGCACUUGAGGUACUCUGUUUGGAUUCUUUUAAUGUUAAGCUUUUGAGUAAAGACAUUGUUCCAAAUGGGCUUCCUUUUACGCUCAACUGCUUGUGGCAUCUAGUUUUAACUGUAGACUUUGACAAAUUGGGUCCGAUUUGUUGCGCUCUACAGUUGAUUAAGAAUUCCCCCAAUUUGAGUAAGCUUGAGAUUUGGGUCCAUGUUAUCAGCGACGAAGUCGAAGCAGUUUUGAAGUAUCUGGACACACCAUCCUGCUUGGAACGAACACUCGACAAGCUCGAGUAUGUGGCCAUCAGUGAUUUUAAGAGUUCAAAAGUUGAACUAUCUUUUGUAAAGCUAUUGCUUUCUCGCACUCCGUCUCUGCGAAGGAUGUGUAUUGUUCAGCGGACAGACAUAGACAUUGAUAUUGCCUUAGAAUUGAUGCGUUUUCCCAGAGCUUCUCCCAGGGCAGAGCUAUUUUAUUCUCAACAUAAGUUUCUGGCUCUUGAUAUGGAUGUAUGAUUUGAGGGUAGAAAGGGAGAUUAAUGUUUAUCUGUUGUCAAUUAGUUUUGUUUAAAAAGGGAUGCAUUGGCAUAGUUUAUUAGAGUUUGGCGUUCCCUUAAUUAAUAGUAUGUUCUUCACUAGAUAUUUUGAAAGCUAAGUCUCCGUCGAUGUGUUUGAUAUGAUUAGCAGUCUUUUGCCACA